GGUAUAAAGUAGCAGGCGCUAGGCGGCGGGCAGCACCAGUGACGCGUUCUAGGUGGCAGCUCGCUAAGCAGCCUGAGGACCUCGCCUCCCACCCCUCCCCAGCUUGAGUCACCCGGGCAACCAGCAGACCAGCCAAUCGGCGCGCCGCCCGAGCCAUGGCUGUCAGAAAAGCACUGAUCGUACUGGCCCACUCAGAGAGGACAUCCUUCAACUAUGCCAUGAAGGAGGCCGCCAUAGAGGCUUUGAAGAGGAAAGGAUGGGAGGUCACUGUGUCGGACCUGUAUGCCAUGAACUUCAAUCCAGUCAUCUCCAGAAAGGACAUCACAGGUAAACUGAAGGACCCCGGGAACUUUCAGUAUCCUGCCGAGACUGUUUUAGCUUAUAAAGAAGGCCGUCUGAGCCCAGAUAUUGUGGCCGAACAAAAGAAGCUGGAAGCUGCAGACCUUGUGAUUUUUCAGUUCCCCCUGCAGUGGUUUGGAGUCCCUGCCAUCCUGAAAGGCUGGUUUGAGCGGGUGCUCAUAGGGGAGUUUGCUUACACGUAUGCUGCCAUGUAUGAUAAGGGGCCUUUCCGGAAUAAGAAGGCAGUGCUUUCCAUCACCACCGGUGGCAGCGGCUCCAUGUACUCUCUGCAGGGUAUCCAUGGGGACAUGAACAUCAUUCUCUGGCCAAUUCAGAGUGGCACUCUGCACUUCUGUGGCUUCCAAGUCUUGGAACCUCAACUGACAUACAGCAUUGGGCACACUCCCGAGGAUGCCCGAGUUCAGAUCCUAGAAGGAUGGAAGAAACGCCUGGAGAAUAUUUGGGAUGAGAUGCCGCUGUAUUUUGCUCCAAGUAGCUUCUUUGACCUAAACUUCCAGGCAGGAUUCUUAAUGAAAAAGGAGGUGCAGGAUGAGCAGAAAAGUAAGAAAUCUGGCCUUUCUGUGGGCCAUCACUUGGGCAAAUCCAUCCCAAUGGACAACCAGAUCAAAGCCAUAAAAUAAGAUUCACAAGACUGGACUUCCUUCUAAAAAUGUAACCAAAUCUUGGUUUCUAUUUUGAGCUUCCUUUAUUUGCUUUAGUUUUUAAGAUCUGUGCUUUUCUUUUUCCACGAGGAAUGGAUAGUAGAGAACAGACUAAAUUCUUAUGUUUUCGCAUAGCUCUUUUAAACGAUGUAACCAAUUCUUAGGAUUGCUGUCAUGGCAAAAUCCGCUCAGGCUCGAAAGGGCUCUUAGGGUGUAGAGCAGACAGAAGUCAGAGACGCCAGACGGGAUUCUUUAGGCCUCUACACAGUUCAAUUCCUCUCUCUUUAGGGAUGCAUCGUUAGGAAUAAAUCUGGCUAGAGGGCAUCCACACUCCUCAAUGAUCUAUUUUUCUUUAAUUACCUCCCUGUGGUUUAUGGCAGAAGGGAAUUGCUCAGAGGAAGAAACGACAGAAUCUGUCUGACCUAAGGGACUUAAUAAUUGCUACUCUCUGCUUGUUUGUGAUAUAUAUUAGCUUUAUUACUACACAAUGACUACCAUGCCUAUAUGAAUGUCCUUCUUCCUUCAACUUUGUUGUUGGUUAAUACAGAUACCUUGAAAUGAAAAGUUAAUAAAAAUCUUUUUCACUUCAA